AUGGAGAAGACGGAGUUUGGCGAAAUCAUCGCCAAGGUCUCCGGGAUAGUCAACGGUUCCAACAAGUUACCAUGGUUACUGUCAGCGCGACCAAUGGUGGCGCUGCUGCUGGCAGGUGGUUUCUGGCUCCCGGCAUUCAUUGCGGUUCUGGUCAUCCAUGUUGAUGACGACAGCGGAAUUGCUCUGCCUAUUCGCCUGGCUGUCUUCCUGUUCCCCCUAGGCCUAGUUGCUGCGGGCUACCUCAUCAAGUGGCGUCGGGCAUACUGGCUUACCAAGAUCGUUCGGUUGCUGGUACAGAAUUGUGUGGACGUAAACCAGGCACUCUACUUCCAAGGCCGACCACUCUUUGUGACGGCAGCUCACGUCAGAGCCAACAUAUUCGCU